CCGGACUGGGUCCCAUCGCCCCACCUCCGGUCGCUGGACUUGCUCUCGCGUAGCUCCGCCUUUCUUAAGUCCCCCCGCCUCGCAAGAUGGCUGCGGUGCCGCCGGGCCCGGAGCUGUGGAACCGUGUGAGAAUCCGUAAGGCGGGGAACCGCAGCGCAGUGACAGUGCAGAACCCCGGCGCGGCCCUUGACCUUUGCAUUGCAGCUGUAAUUAAAGAAUGCCAUCUCGUCAUACUGUCGCUGAAGAGCCAAACCUUAGAUGCAGAAACAGAUGUGUUAUGUGCAGUCCUUUACAGCAAUCACAACAGAAUGGGCCGCCACAAACCCCAUUUGGCCCUCAAACAGGUUGAGCAAUGUUUAAAGCGUUUGAAAAACAUGAAUUUGGAGGGCUCAGUUCAAGACCUGUUUGAGUUGUUUUCUUCCAAUGAAAAUCAGCCCUUAACUACCAAAGUAUGUGUUGUCCCCAGUCAGCCAGUGGUGGAGUUGGUGUUGAUGAAGGUUUUGGGAGCCUGCAAGUUGUUGCUCCGCUUGUUGGACUGCUGCUGCAAAACUUUUCUUUUGACUGUGAAACAUCUAGGUUUGCAAGAGUUCAUUAUUUUAAACCUUGUGAUGGUUGGGCUGGUGAGCAGGUUAUGGGUUCUCUAUAAAGGUGUCUUAAAAAGGUUGAUUUUGUUAUAUGAGCCUUUGUUUGGAUUGCUUCAAGAGGUUGCUAGGAUUCAACCAAUGCCUUACUUCAAAGAUUUUACCUUUCCUUCUGAUAUCACUGAAUUUUUAGGACAGCCAUAUUUUGAAGCCUUUAAGAAAAAAAUGCCUACAGCUUUUGCAGCUAAAGGAAUAAAUAAAUUGCUAAAUAAACUGUUUUUAAUAAAUGAGCAGUCACCAAGAGCCAGUGAAGAAACCUUACUUGGAAUUUCAAAAAAAGCUAAACAAAUGAAGAUCAAUGUACAGAAUAAUGUGGAUCUUGGACAGCCAGUAAAGAAUAAGAGAGUCUUCAAAGAAAAGUCAUCAGAAUUUGAUGUGAGGGCUUUCUGCAACCAGCUGAAACACAAAGCUACUCAGGAGACCAGUUUUGAUUUUAAAUGUUCUCAAUCCAGACUAAAGACAACCAAGUAUUCUUCUCAGAAAGUGACAGGAACUCCUCAUGCCAAAAGUUUUGUGCAAAGAUUCCGAGAGGCUGAGUCCUUCACACAACUUUCUGAAGAAAUCCAGAUGGCAGUUGUAUGGUGCAGGAGCAAAAAACUCAAGGCUCAGGCCAUUUUUCUGGGUAACAAACUUCUUAAAAGCAACCGGCUUAAACAUCUGGAAGCUCAAGGUACUAGCAGCUGCAGCGGGGCUAAAUUGGGAUGUACUCAAACUGCAAUUGCAUUUGCUGCUUUUAUUGUAAGAGCAAAGCUGUAUCAUUGGAGGAAGAAGAUAAACAAGUUAAUUGGACUUCAGUCCCCGUUAUGCUCUUCAUCAUUUCCAUCUGCUGAUUCAGGAACCAUUAAGAGUGUCUAGUGUGCUGAGCCUGAGGAUACAACUGCAUAAAGACAUGACUUGGUCUUCAGGGAGCUCAGGGUCUUCUGGGAAAGGCAGCCCUUCUGCAGACAGCUUCAGUGCAGUGCAGUGGGAUAAGGGCAUGAGAGCAGAAGCAGAAGGUGCCUGCCUUCCAUGAGGCCCACACAAGACUGCUGGGGUGUUGUACUGUUGCUACUUGCUACUGUUUGUAGCAGCUGGACUCUAUCUAUAUUUCUUUUCUGUGAUUUUUAUAUUCACAACUGUUUAAGGGUGCUUAUCUUUGCUUGUGAACCAGUAUUGCAUGAAGUAUUACAUGAAUUUAGACAUUAGACACUUCAGGGCUUAACGGUAAUGAUUUCAGACACAAAUAUGUAUUAAGAGCCUAUUCCACCUUCACAGAGGCAAUUAUUCUGACCUGUUUUUCAUUGUAUUCUUUAACAAAUAUCCUGUGCAUGCCCCAUAAUUUCUUAUCCAUAGUUUAGAGCUAUUCAGGGAUUUAAAGUUCAUUCCUGGAAUGAACCAUGUAUUGAAAAUUUGUUAAAUUUUCUUUUAAAAUUUGCAUAAAAUAUAUUCCUGUUUUAGAAAAAAAUUAGUAUACAGUGAGGGUUUUGUAACACAUUUUGAUUAAAAGCUAUGGGGAAAGUGGUUGAAUAUUCCUAAGGGAUAAAGUGCUUGAGGGGUUUUUACAUUGAGAUGGGUCCUCUAAAGGUCUGUAAUAAUCUAAAAGUGAUGUAUCCUAUGGCUGGAAACGCAGCCUGAGAUGGAGAGAAGCAUUCUGUUUAAAAUUGGGUUUAAAAUCAAGGGUAGAUGAGGCAGAGGUAACAACUAAAAGUUAAUGAGAAGGGUAGCAAACUGGUGUUUAUUGGUUAAACCAUUACUCAGUACUCCCCCAGAUCUAGUGCUCCUUCACAGAUUGCCCUGUUUUGCUGUUUCAUUAAUAUAUUUGUAGCAAACUUUAUAAUUUAUUUAAUGUCCAUAAUAACACUGUGAGGUAGACAGUAUUAUUCCCAUUUCAUAGAUGGGUAAAUAGAGGAUUUUGCUCAAGGGGUUAGAUGUGGAACUCAGUUCAGGCCCUCUGUUUUCCUUUCAACUCUGAAGUACACCCACCUUCUCCCCACUUAAAAGCCACUGCUUAUAGUAAGAUAAGAAAAUGGUAUGGAAGCAAAGAUCAUGAUUUACUUUAUUAUAAUGGGCUUCCUCAAAGUUUUAUAUCCAUGCCCAUCUUUUAAAAUCUAUCACAAACAGUGAAACAAUUCAGCAAGGCACUGAUGAACCUUGUGGCAGUGUACCGUGUGUGGAAGCAAAACACCUAAAAUGAUCAGCUGUUUGAUUUCUGAAUUUCCAAACUUGAAGAUGACAUAUGAAUCAUAAUUAGGGUAGCUUAAGGCUGUCUGUGUAUCUGGGCCAGAAGCCCUGUCUUCAUAUUGUUUUAUAAACCCCUCUUAGCCUUUAUUCCUUUUUCCUUGUUCAUUUCCUGCCACAGCAUGAAGCUGAUUAUCCAGAUUCGGAUUAAUACGUACUGGCAGAUUUUUUCAUUUGUGAUGUUUCCUCAUGUCCACUCAUUACAUUAUGAACAGAUUAGCAGUUAUGAGGGAAGAGCUCUGACACUAAAGUAUAGGGUAUCUCGCCAUUCAGCUAAUUGCUAGGCGGCUGUACUUUUGGGAGUUUGAAAGCAAAAUGGGGACACAUUCGUCUACACUUCAGAGGGCAUUUGUGCUCUCAAAAAACAGACUUGGGGUGAAAUUUUUCGAUGUGGUUCUGGGAUUGUACACAGGCAUAGGACUUGUAGAUAAGUUGUGUAUUUUUCUUUUCAGCUGGUAAAUUAAAAGUGCUUGAGAAUGUUUUUCUGCAUCUUAAGCCCAGAUUUUUCCUCUCUCUGUCUUUUAAAGUUUGCCAAAGAAACUAGAGUGCAUAAAAACGUCUAUUUGCAACCACCUUCUUCGUGGCUCAGGUAUCAAAACUUCAAAGCAUCAUCUGAGACAGAGAAGAUCACAGAAUAAAUUUUUACGGAGACAAAGGAAACCACAGAGAAAGUUGCAGUCGACUCUUUUAAGGGAAAUUCAGCAGUUCUCUCAAGGGACUUGGAAGAGUGCUACAGAUACCAGUGCUAAGUGGAGACUCUCACACUGUACUGUGCAUAGAACUGAUCUCUACCCUAACAGUAAGCAGCUCUUGAAUAGUGGAGUUUCAAUGCCUGUCAUACAAACUAAGGAGAAAAUGAUUCAUGAAAAUCUUAGAGGCAUCCAUGAAAAUGAAACUGAUUCGUGGACGGUGAUGCAAAUAAAUAAAAACAGUACAUCAGGAACCAUUAAGGAGACAGAUGACAUUGAUGAUAUUUUUGCUUUAAUGGGAGUUUAGAUCUUCGUUCAUAUGUGAGACUUUUAAGUGAUUAACAAGGCUAGUUCAGUGUUCUAAGUAGAACUGCUAAGAUCUGGAAGUACCACCUGGACUCACAGAGGAGCUGCUUUAGUGCAGCAUUGCACAGGAGUUCAUUUCAGUUCAGUCUACAUUUAAAGUAGCAUUGUGUCAUUUCAUCAACAAGUAUUUUUUUUUGGCUUCAACUACAUGUCAGGUGUUAAUAUGAAAAAUCUGCCACAGCCUACCCUUGAGAAGCAGAUGUAAUUCCUUGAGUGAGGCUAGUAAGUGUCUGAAAAACUGAAUAAUUUUAUGACUUACUAGGCAAUUUAAUAAUCGUUUGCAAAAACCAUUGUGUCUUGAGGUAAAUGAGGAGGGAGGGUGGGGGAUAGCAAGGAAACACCUGAAAGGUCAAUUUGGUCUUAUUGGCUCCAUUAUACAUAGGUCCGCCUCUGAAUACUAAAGUUUGUAGCUCCUGACAGUUAUGUUUUCUUGUUUAUAUGUUGGAAUUGAUCAACAAGGUUUGCCACUGCUUGUAUUACUAGGGACUGGUUACAACCAUUAUUUCUCUUCAUUUGCUCGGCUUAUCUCAUAUUAAAGUGAGUUUGGAGUUCUCCAAAA